GUUCGCCUAUGGACUGGUACUAUCCCAUUGCCAGACAUGCCACCAUUCAUCAUCGCAGCAAUCCCAAUUCCUGAGUCAAUGUCCGUAGCAAAGCUGUUUGAGCUUCACAAGACUGUUCUCUUUGGUCUACUCGAUCAUCAAGUGAAGAUCAUAUCCUAUGCAUGUGAUGGUACCGAAAACGAACGGAAUGUUCAGCAAUCCUUUAUAGACAUUGCAGAAACGGUCAUCGAAGAGACUAUUCCUGAUCCUCAUCCUGGUCAACCACCUCUUGUUGUGCGAAUUCCUGUCUUCCGUGGACAACCAAUUGUAUUAAUUCAGGAUUCGAAACAUGCCCUCAAGACGUUUCGUAAUAAUCUCUUUUCUGGUGCUCGUUUACUUGUUUUGGGAAACUUCCUGGCUAUGUAUCGAGAUGUCCGCGCGAUGGCAUUCGAGCCAGGCUCUCCACUAUACCAUAGGGAUGUCGAGAAGCUAGAUAGACAGGACGACAAUGCUGCUGCUCGGCUUGGGUCUGCACAAACAUUGCAAUUCUUGGUUGACCGUCAUCCUGAGAUGCUCGGACUCAUCAUCUACCUUUUUGUCUUCAUGGAAAUCCCUGACGCUUACCAAAAUAGACAUAUUCCGCAUGAAGAGAGACUGAACAUGCUUCUCCGCGCACGUUACUUCGUGAAUAUGUGGACCAUAUAUCUAGACAGUUGUCCAGGCUAUCUACGGUCUCAAUACUGCAUAUCGCGUGAAAGCCUGGACAUUGUCUCGUAUCUAGUCAAUGGACUGAUUGGCUUGGUCGUUGUUCACCGUGACCAUUAUCCAAAAAUCCCACUACUUCCCUACCUCCAUUCAACAGAACCCUGCGAGCACGUCUUUGGAAUCUGCCGCCAAAUUGUCAAAGAUUUUACAAUGUAUGACUUUUAUCAUAUGGUUCCAAAGCUUAUGCUUCGUAUUCGAGAAAGUUUUCUCUUGAGGUCCAACUCCGAACAACCAUCACCAGAUGUGAAGGCGCGUGCGGCUGGCUAUCACCAUACCUACUUCGACACGAAGAAGCUCGAUAUUACUGCACUUUCUCACUACCCCACCAAGGAAGAUAUGCAAAACAUUGCAAAGCGGGCUGGCAGUGAAGCGGACUCUCUCAUGGUUGCUCUCGGUAUCUCUCCACUUGAGCUCUUUGGUACUCCCUCAAUCCUCCCUUCUCUUCAGUUGUGGGCCUCAGACAAAGUCUUCGGGUUUGAGGAUAGCGAAGAUGAUAAUCAGUCCUUCAGUGAUGACGAGUCUUCAGUUCAUUCCAUUGAGUUGCUGCAGGAUUACGUUCGGAUUGUACUUGAUGAUGAGGCAGUGAAGCAACAGACCUCUAGUGAACAUGACCGGUAUGAUGCAUUGUGCAAUGCGGUGCUUUUACUCUCUGUUGAGGACCAGCAGAGAAUGUGCGUAAUUAUCAAUGACCAUGCUAUCCUCCUACGCAACCUUGUUUCAUUGAGGGAGCAACAUCAAACUGAACACGCCUCAAAGGCUGUUCGAGUACGAGGUGUACAUUUGUCUAAUUCAGAUGAAUGUGACACAGAUAUGUCACUACGUCGUCGCAUGCUUGCGGUCUUUCAUGAUACUAAUCGUUUGUCCCAAGACCGAGGCAUUACCACUGCUAGUGAACGUCUCUUACGAUGGACCAAAAGACAAACAGAUUCCACAGGGAAUAGUUUGAAUGCUCAGAAUAUGGCGGCCGGAAAUGCGAAUCAGGCGUUAGCAAAGCGUCGCCGGCUUCUGUUAGAAGGAGGGAUCAAACCCCUUGAAAUCCCUUCUGAAGCAGGAAUCUCAAAGAAAUCCCCGCUUUUGGUUGGUUCUUGGGGAUUUGUCUUUGCUCGUAUGCAGAAAGAUAAGCGGCAUGCCUAUAAGCUAUUCCUUGGAAAAGUUGAGGCUUUAUAUUCAAAAGGUGGAGGAAAGAACGGUAAACAUGCUGCAGUGAUGAAGGCCGAUAAUAUAGCGGCAGUUUCUUAUAUCGGGUUACAGCUCUUUGAACAUUGCUAUGAUGCAAAAUUCCAUGCGAUCACAUCCCAAACUCGUCCGUAUCCUACUCUCUCAUAUACAUUCAUUCCGUCUACAAACUUCUUUGCUAUCACCAAGGCUCUCCCUCAAUUGGUCACAGAACAAUCUGGCCAAACGGUAUAUCUCAAAUCCAAUGCUGAUGUUAUCAUGCAUCAACACCUCACCCACUACUUUCAUAAACUCAGCGAGGUUCUGGUAGCGCAUGCGAAGCGGUCAAAAACAAGUACAGCCACCAGAAAUCAGACCACAACGCAGAACCUGAAGGAAUCUGCAUUUGCAUUGGAAGCGAUGGAAGAGGAUGAUGAUUUGGGUUUUUAGGCAUCUUAUUUACAUGUUCUUCGUGUUUCUACAUUCUUAAGCGCAAAGAUACGCUCAAAUGAAAAAUUCUACAUUC